AUGGCGACAACGACAGAGGCCCCGACCGCGGGGUUUGAGGCUGGCGCAUCAGCAGCGCCCACGACCAGACCGAAGCUGCACGGCCGGGCAUUCUAUGAGAGUAUUGGAAGUCCAAAGUACAUCCUCGCACCUAUGGUGGAUCAAUCUGAAUUUGCAUGGCGAAUGCUGAGUCGGUCGUUCAUCCCGGCGUCCGAGCAGAAGAAUUUGGUGGCCUACACGCCCAUGUUCCAUGCGCGACUGUACAAGGACACGGAAAACUACCGCCAGUGCCAUUUCCAGGCGGUUAGACCUGAGGACUCGAACAAUGCGACUGCGAUCGCGACCGCCACGAAACCGACUGCGACGACCAAGCCCUGGCUCGACGGCAACCCCGCCAUCGACAGACCUCUCUUUGUGCAAUUCUGCGCAAACGACCCGGACGCCCUCCUCGGCGCAGCGCUCAAGGUCGCCCCCUACUGCGAUGCCGUGGACCUGAACCUGGGCUGCCCGCAAGGCAUCGCCAAGAAGGGAAAAUACGGCGCCUUCUUGCAGGAGGACCAGGACCUCAUCUUCAGGCUCAUCAACACCCUGCACAAGAACCUGCCCAUCCCCGUGACGGCGAAAAUCCGCAUCCUCGAUACGAGGGCGGCGACGCUGGCGUAUGCGCGCAACGUGCUCGCGGCGGGUGCGUCGAUUCUUACGGUUCACGGCCGGCUGAGAGAGCAAAAGGGGCAUUUGACGGGGUUGGCGGAUUGGGAGACGAUUCGGUGGCUCAGGGGCCAGCUGCCGGCUGAGACUGUGCUUUUUGCGAAUGGCAAUAUUCUACAGCAUGAAGAUUUGCAACGCGCGUUGGAUGCUACUGGCGCGGAUGGUGUUAUGAGCGCCGAGGGGAACUUAAGUGACCCGGCCAUCUUCAGCCGGCCGCCGGAAGCCGGUGCCGAGACGAGGGAGUACUGGCGCGGCAAGGACGGGAAGGGCGGGUACCGCGUCGAUGCGGUGAUGAGGCGAUACAUGGAUAUCCUGCACAAGUACGCCGCGGGCCAAGACCCGCCCUCGCGGCGUCCGCUGUUUGUCGUGGGUGAUGACACAGCGUGGAUGGAGGAGAUGGACAAGGCGGAGGCGGAGCAGGACGAGCCGGAGCGGAAGAAGAGGAGGCGGGACGUGACAAACGGGCCUAAAUCCGCCAAGAGCCGGGCGCUGAGCGCGAAUUACUCGGCGAUGCAGCCGCACAUGUUUCACCUGCUGCGGCACUUUGUGUCGAAGCAUACCGACGUGCGGGACCUGUUAGCGAAGAGCCGGGCCGGGGAUUUGGAGGCGUAUGAGAGGAUUUUGGGUAUGGUGGAGCGCAAGGUUGCGGAGGGGUUGAUUGAGUAUGAGGCAAGGGGCGCGGAGAUGUUUGCGGGUGAUGAGGGUCUUGGACCCGAGGCGGAUGCCGUAGAAGCGGAGGAGGAGGACGGGGAGAGUUCGAGGGGUGCGGUGAGGAGGUGUAAGAGGCCUUGGUGGGUUGUACAGCCUAUCAUUCGGCCUUUGCCCAAGGAGGCUAUGGCGAAGGGGGCGGUGUCGUUGAGUAAGAAGGAUAAGGCCAAGUUGAAGGCUGCUGGGGGUGGGGAGGUGAAGGAGGAGAGUAAGGAGGUGGAAGUGAAGAAGCAUGGGGAGAAGGAGGAUCAGAGUGUUCAGGAAAAGGUUCUUGAGACUGAUGAUAAGUUGAUUGCUGGUUGA